CAUAUCCAUCUCUCAUAUCUUGCAACCAGCUAAGCUUGUUUGUCGAUCGAUCUACCAGCGGCGGCCAAAGCAGCAGGCUUCUCCUUGUCAUCGUCUAAUAGUGCACAUGGCCUCUUCUUCUGGCUUGCCGUCAGCUGCUCGUUGCAGCCUGUUGCUCAUAGCUGCACUGACUCUUGUGCUGAGCCACGGCGCUCACGCUUAUGGUGGUUCCGGUACCAGGUUGAGCUAUUCGUUCUAUGACAACUCAUGCCCCAGUGCACGGGACAUUGUCCGACGCGUCAUCCAGGUCGCCCGGAUCACUGACGUGCGCAUCCCAGCCAGCCUCAUCCGCCUUCACUUCCAUGACUGCUUCGCCAAUGGUUGUGAUGGCUCGCUUUUGCUCGAUGAUGACGUCUCCUUGGGGAUAAUGAGCGAGAAGAAAGCCCCUGGCAAUUACCAGUCAGCUCGUGGGUUCAAUGUGGUCGACAACAUCAAACGAGUGUUGGAGAUAGCUUGCCCUAGCACCGUUUCCUGUGCCGACAUCCUCACCCUUGCGGCUGAGAUCUCUAUCGAAUUGGCUGGAGGGCCAGCCUGGAGUGUGCCUCUCGGGCGCCGCGAUGGCACGACGACCAACAUCGAGAGCGCUAAGGAUCUCCCAAGCCCAUUCGACUCUCUGGAUAUCCUUCAAAAGAAAUUCAGAAACAUGGGUCUCAACGACAUUGACCUUGUCGCCCUUCAGGGAGCGCACACCUUUGGGCGGGCGCAGUGUCAGUUUACGCAAAGGAACUGCACGGCCGGGCAGGAGGAGGGGACACUGGUGAACCUUGAUGCGGCCACUCCCAACGUGUUCGACAACAAGUACUAUGGCAACCUCCUGCAAGGACGCGCCGAGCUCCCUUCUGACCAGGUUAUGACGUCUGACCCUAUCGCUACUGCGACAACCGCGCCGAUUGUUCGCAGGUUUUCCGGUAACCAGAAGGAUUUCUUCGCAAACUUUGCAGCCUCCAUGAUCAAAAUGGGAAAUAUAAGCCCACUGACCGGAAGAGAUGGGGAGGUUAGGAAGAAUUGCCGCAGGGUGAACAAGAAAUCCUAUUAAGAAGCAAGAUUCGAUACUCAUCAAUGAACAUAAAAUUUAAUUAUCUCUGUUUUUCAUUUCGUAAUUGUAUAAAUCAUUCUUAUUGUAAAAGCAUUCCUUUACCUGUCAGCAGAAGCUAAAUGUAUAUGUUACUUCUUCA